AUGCCCGCCAAGAAAGUCGAACCCAAGAAACCAGAGCCCAAAAAGCCCGAGCCGAAGAAAGAGGAACCGGCUCCUCCUCCGAAACCGGCCGAACCCGAACCCAAAGCCCCCGAGGUGGAUCUGACAAGCGUCGUUUUGGAAUUCUCCGCCGAGCAGAUCGAAGAGUUCCGUGACGCUUUUACGCUUUUCGACGAAACUCCGGCCGGCGAAAUGAAGAUCACCUACGCUCAGUGCGGGGACGUGAUGCGCGCCCUCGGACACAACCCGACCAACGACGACGUUCUGAAACUCCUCGGUCGCCCCAAAGCGGAGGAGAUGAACUCAAAACUCCUGGAUUUUGACACGUUUUUGCCGAUGCUGCAGCACGUGGCGAAGUCGAAGGAGCAGGGGAACUUCGAGGAUUUCGUGGAGGGCUUGAGGGUGUUUGACAAAGAGGGGAACGGUACGGUGAUGGGGGCGGAGCUUAGGCACGUUUUGGCGACGCUCGGGGAGAAGAUGACGGAGGACGAGGUGGACAGGCUCAUGGCGGGACAAGAGGACGCCAAUGGACACAUCAACUACACCGAGUUUGUCAAACACAUCCUGGCGGGCUGA